ACGCGGCAGAGCAGCGAGCGGCCAUGCAAAGAAGUCCGCUGUCGCCUCGCCGCCCGCGCGGGCUGUGCCCACUGAUGCUGCCUGGGCUGCUGGCGCUGCUGCCCGCGCUGGUAGCGGCGAGGACCCUGGGCGACCAAGCGGCCCUGUGGCCCCUGCCGCUCUCCGUGGAGAUGUUCCCGCGCCAGCUGCUUCUUGCCCCCAGGAACUUCUCCAUCGGCCACGGUCCCAAUUCCACGGCCGGCCCCUCCUGCGCCAUCCUGCAGGAGGCUUUUCGGCGAUAUUAUGAGUAUAUUUUUGGUUUCUAUGAGCAGCACCAUGGCCCUACUAGAUUUUCUACUGGAACAGAGUUACAGCAACUUCUUGUCACAGUUGUCCUUGACUCAGAGUGUGAUGCUUUCCCCGGUAUCUCUUCAGAUGAGUCGUACAGUUUACUUGUGAAAGAACCAGUGGCUAUGCUCAAGGCCAACAGAGUUUGGGGAGCAUUACGAGGUUUAGAGACCUUUAGCCAAUUAAUUUAUCAAGAUUCUUAUGGGACUUUCACCAUCAGUGAAUCCAUCAUUACUGAUUCGCCAAGGUUUCCUCAUAGAGGAAUUUUAAUUGAUACAUCCAGACACUAUCUGCCAAUUAAGGCUAUUCUAAAAACUUUGGAUGCCAUGAGUUUUAAUAAGUUUAAUGUUCUCCACUGGCAUGUAGUUGAUGACCAGUCUUUCCCUUAUCAGAGCAUCACUUUUCCUGAGUUAAGCAAUAAAGGAAGCUAUUCUUUGUCGCAUAUUUAUACACCAAAUGAUGUCCGUAAGGUGAUUGAAUAUGCUCGAUUACGAGGGAUUAGAGUCAUUCCAGAGUUUGAUUCCCCUGGACAUACGCUGUCUUGGGGAAAAGGUCAGAAUGACCUCCUUACACCAUGUUACGAUGCACAAAAGCCAUCUGGAUAUUUUGGACCUAUAAACCCUACUGUGAAUACAACUUAUAACUUCCUGUAUAAAUUUUUCAAAGAAAUUAGUAAGGUGUUUCCAGAUCAGUUCAUUCAUUUGGGAGGAGAUGAAGUGGAAUUUUACUGCUGGGCAUCAAAUCCAAAAAUCCAAAAUUUCAUGAAGCAAAAAGGCUUUGGCAAAGAUUAUAAAAAACUAGAAUCUUUCUAUGUUCAAAAGCUUGUGGACAUUAUUGCAGCAGUAAACAAGAGCUCUAUAGUCUGGCAAGAGGUUUUUGAUGGUAAUGAGAAGCUUCAGCCAGGCACAGUAGUUGAAAUAUGGAAAGCAGAGAACUAUCCUAAAGAACAAACCAAAGUCACAGAAGCUGGAUACCCUAUAAUCCUUGCUGCUCCUUGGUACUUAGAUUUGAUUAGCUAUGGACAAGACUGGAAAACAUACUAUGAAGUGGAACCUCUUAAUUUUCCUGGUUCUCAGGAACAGAAAACACUCAUGAUUGGUGGAGAAGCUUGCCUAUGGGGAGAAUUUGUGGAUGCAACUAACCUCACUCCAAGAUUAUGGCCACGGGCAAGUGCUGUUGGUGAGAGACUCUGGAGUCACAAAGGUGUCAGAAAUUUAGAAGAUGCCUACCACAGAUUAAUAAGGCACCGCUGCAGAAUGGUCAGACGUGGAAUAGCUGCACAACCUCUUUUUACUGGAUAUUGUAACUAUGAGGAGAGUACAUAAAAAUAGCCUAAA